GGGGAACUUCUUCUUCCUUCCCCUUCCCUGUAUGUCAUUUCCCAAACACACUGUAUCGUUUACCCGACCCAUUACCAUCCGUGACCCGAACCCACACGUGCGAUCGCCUGCAAAAUUCGAAGUUGUAGGAGAGGAAAGAAAAACUUCAAGAAGAACAACCUCCCGCCGCCAUUAAAUUUUUUCCCUCUUUCUUCCAAAAUUAAUUCCAAAAAAAAAGAAGAUCCAAUGGACUUCGAAUUAAACUAUGAAAUCUUACGCACUGCAGAUUUCAUACGCAGCAGAAAUUUCACCAGAGUCGCACUCCAGUUUCCAGAUGAACUCCUCAAGGAUUCGACUAGGGUUUCAAAAGCCCUAAGAAACGAGCUCGGAAAGGGAGUGCGGUUGUUCGUGAUGGCCGACACGGCCUACGGCAGCUGCUGCGUCGAUGAGGUUGCUGCGUCGCAUGUCGACGCUGAGUGCGUUGUUCAUUAUGGCCAUGCUUGCAUGAGCCCGACAUCAACAUUGCCAGCGCUGUUUGUGUUUGGGAAAGCUGAGAUGGAUGUAAAGGAUUGUGUUGAGUGCUUAUAUCGUUGUAUGUCGAGUGGGAAAAAGCCUGUUCUGGUCCUGUUUGGAUUGGAAUAUGCACAUGCUUUGCAGGAUAUCAAAUCUGCCGUAGCUGACACCAUGUCGUUGGACGGCUCGAGUACUUCAGUACACUACGCAGAGGUUAUUUGUUCAAUUAUGAAUCCAUCACAAGAUAAAACAGGAAAGGAUCAUCUCCAGCCUCAUGAUCAUGCUGGUGUCAAUAGUAAUGACAAACUCCCUAGUAAAACGGAGUCGAGACAUGGCCUUGGAGGAUUGACGUGGAACAUGCCAGUCGGCCAGAGGAUGGAAGACAGCUUGUUGUUCUGGAUCGGUUCUGAGGAUCCUGCAUUUGCAAAUUUGGUGCUCACAUUCAACAACAGUGAAGUAGUUAGGUAUGAUGCAAAAGAAAGUAAAUUGCUGAAUGACUUCUCUCACCAACAAAGAAUUCUUAAACGCAGAUAUUACCUUGUGGAGAAAGCAAAAGAUGCAAACAUUGUUGGCAUUUUGGUCGGUACUCUAGGUGUUGCUGGCUACCUUCAUAUGGUUCGUCAAAUGAAGGAACUGAUUGAGGGUGCUGGAAAAAAGUCCUACACUCUUGUCAUGGGAAGACCAAACUCCCACAAACUUGCUAACUUUCCUGAGUGUGAUGUUUUCAUUUUUGUCUCUUGCGCCCAAACAGCUCUUUUGGACAGCAAAGAAUUUCUGGCUCCAGUUAUCACACCUUUUGAAGCUAUAUUAGCUUUUAGCAGGAGAAAACAGUGGACCGGUGAAUAUGUGAUGGAAUUUAGGGAUUUAGUUAAUUCUUGUACAGCAGAAGUUGGCAAGGGCAUGGUGGAAGAUGAAGCUCGAUUUUCCUUUCUUCAAGGUGGUUAUAUGGAGGAUUUCCAGCCCGAAGAAAAUGGAGGCGAACAGAAGGAGAGUUCAAUGGACUUGAUAGAGGCAACAGAGAAAGCGCUCACUAUGAAAACUGAAUCUGUGGAUUCUAUUCUAUUCAAAGGAACAGCAAGAUCUGGGGCUGAGUUCUUUGCAGCUCGAUCCUAUCAAGGUCUUAAUGUGGACUACAAAAAUCCAUCUCCUCAAUCUUACAUAAUUGGUAGGACUGGCAGGGCUGCAGGUUACCAGCAUGAGAAGAACAAGCAGGAUACAGAUUGACCUGGCUACUGAUUUUAUAAGGCUUGCUAGUUGUAUUGCUAUGCUCCAGCCUCUCCUCCAACACCAAUUCGUUGGUUAUUACGGGUGUAUGACGCUUUCGCGUUGACCAUUUGAUUCCGCAAAUGUAUAUUUAUCAGUACAUCUAAGUGUUGGAAAUUGGUGGCGGAGAUACUAGGGAUGGUUCUCGAAUGUAGAAGGCCAUGGUGGUUUCCCCUUUGACGAUAUUGGUGAAAUCAUGUAAUUUCUGCUGGGUUAUAACUUUGGGAUUUAUUUGAUUAUUGUGACUGAGUGGAUUAAGUUCCUAGUGGCCAAGUGAGCACAGCUUGAUCCAAUUAUCCUUUGUACAGUAUUCAAUAUAUUUAGCGAAGUGAGAGUGUUAAUUAUAAAUUUUGAUCCUCUCUGGCUU